AUGUCGAUGCAGAUGUCGACGUCUAUCAUGCACGCACCCACAGUUGGCCAGCGUGCAUCGCCCUCGAACCGGUCGACUCUGACCCAGCAAAUUGAGCAGAGUGAGGGAGAAAUCACGCCGCGGUCCGCAAGAACCUCCCACAAAGGCUCUCCCAAGCCGCGUUCCAUGUCCGACGCUCCCAAACCUUUCCUCUCACCUUCACCUGCUUUCCGGGAGCCACAACGACGAAUUUCUAAGGAUGACUCGGCCAUCGUUUCUGACCCUUACACCCCCUCGAAGAGCUCAAUGCAUAUCCGGGGACUGAGCCUGCACAUGCCUGCAAAAGAUGGUUUCGAUACCAGUUCCGGCGCGAAUAUUCCUCGAGUACCUCUGUCGCCAAAGCUGGAUUCCUCCCAGAUAUACGGUUCGCCGUCCUCCAUGCUUCCAAGGAGAUCAAGAGGCUUAGACUACACAAGAGCAUGCACAAGUCUGCAUCAGACCACCCUGGCCGAAUCGUCACCCGAUGCUUCUCCGAAUGUUGGCCGGGCCAUUCAAAUUCCCCCCAGAAGAAGUUUGGCAAACAAUGUGCUGGAUUCACCAAGCAAUCAGAAUGGGUUAUGGUCACUGACACAUGAACGUACAAACUUGUCUAGUUCUGUCAGUAGUAUCAAUAUGCUGGGUUCAGAUUCAGAGUCAGACAGCGAUUCAGACUCUGACGAUAUGGCCAUCGAUCGGGAUAUCGAUGAUGCCAUUCUCAGUACUCCUGCAGCGUCACGAUUAAAUGCAGGUUCGAUGCUAGGAGUCGUGAAUAGCCCAGGACUAGAGUGGAUGAACAACCCGCCUCCAUCGCCGGCACAAGCAAGCUUGAUGAGUUUCCAGCCAUAUUUGAUGAGUUUUAGGAGGGCCCGCACCCGAAAGGGUAAAAGUCAACAUAGUUCAAGCAGCGUAAGCAUGAACAGCUCCAAGCAAUCACCAGGACCGCUGUCGCCUAGCGUGUUGAAGAGCGUGGAGAACUCAGGCGGCAGUUACUUUGGAAUGGGUCUAACCAAGCAACAAAUCCAGUCCCGUCGUGAAAGUCUAAGCUUGGGUACCAACGAUCUUCAUUUGUCUGACAGUGAAGACAACAACUCCAGCAUGCCCAACAAAAACGGCAGUGGUCAGUCGCAAGCAGAUAUGGACGGACUUGAUGGUCCGAGAGGCGUCAUCAGGCGCGCUGUUACUCGAAGAAGCAACUUGCUCCCCAAGACUAAAGGAUUCGCUCGCAUCCGUGCGCAGCUCCUGGAGGAGUCCGAACCGACCAAGACAGAACUCCGGCGCGAGGCGGAAGUCAUCCGUCAGGUGCACGAGAAUGACCCAACGGUAUCGACCGUCACCUCACCGACCAUUCCAGCCGGCAAUGUGUUCACGGCCGAAGCUGUGCAAGAUUCGAUCGAAGACAUGGCGAUGGACCCCACGACAUCGCUUGCGCCUGAUAGCUUCAGUCGACAAGCAGAGCGAAAUUCCGGAGGGGUGCAUUUCUGGAACGGGUUUGAAGGUAAUGGACGGUUUAGGACACCGCCUCCAGGCUUGAUCCCCCGUGAAAGCUCGUCUGCCAUCAGCGAUGAGGCGAUGGAAACUCCAGGCUCCGGCUUUGCAGACAACCCGGCCCUCAAACACUUCAAUCGUUCAAGAUCUAGAUCGAUUACCCCGUUAGCGGGCAACCCACCUACCGCUGGUGAAGUAGCACGCCGCGUGAACAAUAAACGCCGUCGCGAUGAAGACUUCGAUCCAUCGUACACCAAACGCCGCGCCGUGUCGCCUGGUAUGAGUGUUCAAAGCAGUCCCGUUCUCCCUCAGAGCCCGGUGUUCACGAACGACAAGGCAUGGUCGAAGCUGCCCUCGAAACCCAAUGGACAGGGAGCUGGGGAUCGUAGUAACAGCGCCGGAAGCCUUAAUGGUGCCAAAAAGGUCGGCCUGCAGGGUAUGACCGAGACGAAUGAGGGGAUGAUGAGUAUGACCAUCGACUAG